CGGGUCCCAGCUGAAUGGGAUACCGCUGUGAUCUGGCACGAAGGCGUGAGAGGAACGCAGCGCACAAGUCCUGGGAAAGGCGUGCGCAGAAAGUACGGCGCUGUCGCCCGUUUCCAUCGACGCUGCCCCGGGUCUCCGGGCCGCACGGCGGAGUCACACGGUUCGCGGUGCGUAAUUACGCACGGGGAGCGACGGAUCCUCGGUGUUGCUCGCAGUGAAAGCCCACGGACAAAGAACGGCAGGCGGGCUGGAGUACUACAAGUGACUUGAGAGGAGAGGAGUCCUGUUGGGAAACGGGGCGAAGCUGGACUCGGAAGUGAUUAGUCUCUUCUUCUUGUGAGAAAUGUAACUCACGUCCUGGAAAAGAAAAGAAGCCGAAGGACGAGCGCGGACAGAAACAAAAGGCUGAAAGAGUUACCGAGUGGAAUAAUUCCCCCGAAACAGCAUCCAGAUCCGCGGAGCAUGGGAGGAGGUGCCGGCGAGCUGUAAAAUGUACCCGCUACACCGAGACAGGGAGCAGCCCAUCUUCAGCGCCAAAGCCCAUGUCUUCCAGAUCGACCCGGCCACCAAGCGCAACUGGCUGCCGGCCAGCAAACACGCCGUCGCCGUGUCCUUCUUCUACGACGCCAGCCGCAAUGUGUACCGCAUCAUCAGCGUGGGCGGGACCAAGGCUAUCAUCAACAGCACCAUCACCCCCAACAUGACCUUCACCAAAACCUCCCAGAAGUUCGGCCAGUGGGCGGACAGCCGGGCCAACACUGUCUACGGCCUGGGCUUCUCCACAGAGCAGCAGCUGCAGCAGUUUGCGGAUCAGUUUAAAGAGGUGAAGGAGGCAGCGCGUCUGGCCAGAGAGAAGUCCCAGGAGCGGUUUGAACUGGCUCACCCUGCGCUCAGCAUCGCAGCGCCACAGCUCUCCCAGGAGAUGUCGGAGGAGCGUCACUCGCCUCCGCUGCUGACGGUUAACGGGCCGGGCGAGGAGAAGCUGUUCCGCAGCAAGAGCGCUGAAGUGGAGCUGACGGUGGAGAAGGAGCGGGUCAAGAAGAUGCUGUCUGAAGGGUCCAUGUGUGAGAUAAACCUGGAGGCUGAGCUCUUCACUCUGCAGGACAGUAACGCCAAGCUGGUGGCAGCGCUCCAGGAAGCCAACAGCAGCGUGGAGAUGUGGAAGAAACAGCUGGCUGAGUACCAAGAGGAGACCGACCGCCUCCGAGACCAGGUUGCGGAGCUGGAGGCCCAGCUGGGGCAUCCUGCCGCCUGUCAGACCGGAGGAGACGAGCUGAAGCGGUCGCUGGAGGAGCUGGAGGCCCUGCUGAAAGCCAAAGAUCAGGAAAUACACAGUCUACAGAGCAAGAAAACAGAUGUGGGCGAACUAGAGAAGGAGAGAGAGGAAGCCAUGCAGAGACUCCAGGACCUGGAGAGGCGAAACACAGAGCUGGAGGAACGGGUUCAGAGCACUGAAAAAGUGCUGGCCUCCAAUCAGGAGGAGCAGGAGCAGGCGGAGGUCGAGGUCAGACACAUCAUUGAGGUUCUGGACGUCAAAAUCGGCGACCUGAGCAACCUGAGACAGAGCCUGGCAAAACUCAUCGAUAAAUAGCCACAGCUGCAGUUGGGUUGCAUCUCCACAGAGCUGGUCUCCUUCAUUUGGCCUUGUUGGAUGCUUUCAGUAAUAGGGGCCUCAGAGAAAUUGAAGCAGCAUGAAGGAAAACAACGUACAGGCGUGGAACUUUAUGGACCUCAGAAUGCCAUGUGCAGAAUAAAUUGGUACCGUGCAUCAUUAAAAUAAUGACUCAGCCUUUGAAUUUAAUUUUAAUUAUCAUAAAUUUGACAAAUUGGCCACAGCGAGUUGCUUUUCCAUGUUGCAUCAGCUGCAUGUCCGUUGUCGUGAUUGGGCCCAUAACAAACCAGUGUCCAGUGUAGAAAAAUCUAUAACAGCUGAGAGGAGGCAACAAGCUGGCGUUUUAAUCAUGGUCUCAUUUAUUUAUGGUAAUUCUGAUGCCUCAAAAUGAGUGAGGUGUGAAUUUAUUCCUAGCAGCGCCACACAAAGCUCCUUCAAACAUUCAUCUUUCAUCAAGCUCGCCAUUCCACUGAAGGCAGAGUCACUCGAUGUUAGAGGAUGUUCUACUUGUUAAUUCUUUGUCCGUCUAACUUUAUUUAUUGCAGAGUGGAAAAUCCACUUAUACAGGUGUAUCGCUGCUGAAUAAAGAGGCAGGAGUAGACGUAUAAACAAAAGCCGGCACUGAGUCUCAAGCCUCAAGCAAUCAAACCAGUCUGGGCUCAGACAGCAGGAGUCGCGUCAGGGUUGAUAUAGUUCAAGGUAUUGUUUCAUGAACUAUUGCAUUUUAUAGCCAUUCUAGUAACAUAAUUUGGUUAAAAGAACAUCUAAGUGACUAUAAAUUGUUCUUUCAGUGCAGAUUGGCAGAACAUCUUACACUGUGGCCCACAUGUACGAGCCAUGUAUGAAUUAAGCUUUUAGAUUAAUGUUUUUUAUAACGGUACAAGUUAAUCUCAGAAGUUAUCUAAUGACAAAUUUUUGGUGUCUCAACGCUGUGGAGAUGCAUCCCAUAGGAAUCAGGUCAGGGUAAGGACACAUGGAGGCAAAGUCAGCUGCCCCAUCAGCAGACUGGACUGACCUCACACCAGCCAGAACGUCAGCUAACUCAGAGAUGCACUCUGCAGAGCAUCUCCACCAUGCAGCCGUUUCUUUUUGCUUAAGUUUCACAAGGAUUGCUUGUUUUCCCAACGUUGUUGUUCGCGGAUAGAUCAUUCAGACAGGAUGCUGCUGGCAGGCCUUUCUGUUCGCCUGCUACAUCAACAGGUAGAUCCGUAUUUAAAGAAAACCACGUUGGCAUGCUGACAAACGAGCUGAUUUUCCACCCUGAUGUUACUUAGUUGAUCCUGAGGAUUGAGCUCAAUAAUGUUUGUGCCAAGUUUUCUUUUGUUUGUUUACAUUUGUCAGUGUUUGUAAAAUGACCCACUUGUACUUUAUGUACUUCCCUGUUUUGCAACACUACCAUUUAGCAUACUAGUAACACUAACCUUAGAGAGAGGCCGGCAGAGCUGCAGAGCAUAAAUCACUGGGAGCACUGCAUGAGCUCUGCAGAAGCCUCGUACCUUUCCGAGCAAUGUGAAGCUGUCUCUGUGUGUGUGUGUGUGUGUGUGCGCGCGCGCGUGCAUUACUCCAUAGUGUGCAUCCUCAGACUGCUUGAGUUAAAAAGCACAACUGCAGUAGUUUUCGUAGAUGUGGAAGUUAAUUGACUUGUCUGCCAAACUUUGUACGUGAACAUCUGAUGCACACUAUUGAUCUGUGCUUCUAGGCCCCUGAUGAGUUAUUGAUUUCCUCAUAUGACAGUAAUAUUGGUACAAGUAAGGGGCAUUUCUUUGCGGCUGAUCAUGCAGUAACUGUCAGAGUCAUAAUACCUUGUCAUAAGUUGAUUUUAAUAGGCCAUAAUGAAUUGUUCUUGUAAUAAACUACUACAUAAUGUGGUAGAAUUAUUGCAAAUACCUUCACAUCUAAUAAGACUGAUCAUUUAGACCAGUUAUUACUUUAACUGGCAUUUCUGGCAUCAGGUGCUACAUGCAAGUAUCACUAAAUAAGCAAUAACAUUUUUAGCAUAGAUGCCUGUUUGUAGUAAAUAAGAGUAAUUUAUAGGUAAUGACACCUCCACAAAGCCUGUUCUCAUCCAUUUUAAUAAAACAUGUUUUUCUGCAA